AAGAGAAAACGUACCAACAGUCGAGGUACUCGUCAGCGGAGGUGAAGCGCUUACACAGAAGGUUUUGGAGGAGUGGACUGACGGUGGUUGUCUGUACAACGCAUACGGGCCUUCCGAGGUAACUAUUGGCUGCACCAUGCUAACUCAAGUCCCAAGGGACGCGAAGCCCAUGAACAUUGGUAAAGUUUGGCCAAACACAUCUGCGUAUGUCCUUUCCAGCCACCUUGAAGUAUUGCCUCGCGGUGCGAUCGGUGAACUCUGCGUUGGUAGUGUCCAAGUGGUAAGUGUUUUAAUUCUCGUCCCUUCUACACGAUGUUUGAUAUUGACCUUUCUUAGGCACCCGGCUAUUUCAAACGUCCAGACCUCACCAAGGAGAGGUUCAUCAACCUCUUUGGCGAGCGCCUUUACCGUACCGGUGACCAAGUCCGCAUGCUUGCCGACGGUUCCAUCGAGUUCUGCGGCAGGAAUGAUGAUCAGGUCAAGUUGAACGGUAUCCGCAUUGAACUCGGCGAGAUCGCGACGGUCAUGGCCAAGUCACACGAAGAUAUCAACGACGUGGUUUGCCUGGUACUCAGACAUCGCAAGAGCACGCGUGACCAACUCGUUGCCUUUGUCUCUUGCACGUCGCAAGCAGUAUCCCCUGAUGAAGCCGAAGUCCUUGACAUCAAGACGUCGGCCGUGAGCGACGUUGUGGAGACGGCGUUAAAGGCGGCUCGACGGAAAUUACCUACCUGGAUGAUUCCUAGCCAUGUUGUUGCUCUUAGCAAGUUCCCUCGCGGUAGGACGAACAAGACUGAUCGCAAGGCCCUUGCCGAGAUCUUCUCCUCUAUGGAUUUGUCUGCAAUUGAUGAGGAGAACGUGGUCGAGGAUUGGCAGAGCCAGGAGCUCAUCCUCAGGGAUGUCCUCGCUGAGAUCUCCACGAUUCCUGUAGCGUCCAUUCGUCGCACUUCGACUAUCUUCACGCUGGGUUUGGACUCUAUCAGUGCCAUUCGCAUCUCCGGUUUACUUCGUCAGCGAUCCAUCAACUUGACUGUUGCCGAGAUUCUGCAGAAUCCUAGCAUCGAGCGUAUCUCCGAGCACCUUGCUAGUCGCCGAGCCGAGCAACCGGCCGGUGAAGCCACUGACUUGAUAACCCGCCUCACUGCCAAGCUGGGCAAUGACUACAUUAACCUCUUGAGCGCCAAGAUUGGAUUGUCCAAGGAUAACGUCGAGAAUGUUGCACCAUGCACGCCUUCUCAGACCUACACUCUGUCCGCCUGGCAAAACUCCAACCAGAAACUCUUCAUGCCAUCUUUCCCUUACAUCACUAAGGAGAAGUUGGACGGAGCGCGCUUGCGCAAGGCUUUCGAGGAUCUUGUUAAGAGGCACGAUGUUUUGAGGACCGUCUUUGCCAGCACGAGCGACGCUGAUUUCCCUCUGCUUCAUUUCGUGCUUGAGUCCUAUCUACCCGAGUUCGUGGAAGAGGAGGUUGGUGAUGUCGAGGAUGUUGCUGGUGCUGUGUACGACCUCGUCGUGAAGGAGUCCGCUGUCGCUGCCGAUUUGAGGACGCCUCCGAUCAGGAUGCGCUGCGUUCAGUUCAAUGACAAGACGGCUAUCAUCUUGACGAUUCACCACGCGUUAUAUGAUGGUUGGAGUUUGCCGGCGCUUGUUAAGGAGCUCGCUGACCUCUACUCCGGUUCCGUUGUCGCUGCACCUUCGGUUGACUUUGCGAAGUUCACCAAAUCCGUCUAUGCCGUAUCCGAGACUUCACUGGAGAAGUACUGGUCGAAAGCCUUGUCCGCCUACAAGCCUACCCACGCCCCGGUCUUACACGCCAGCACCUCCGCCUCCCGCACCAGCGUCUACAAGCCCCGUGCAAUCCUCAACGCCAAGGCACUCCAAGACGCAUACCGUCAGAAGGGCCUAACCCUCCAAUCAGUCUUCCUCGCCGCCUUCGGCCGCAUCCUCGCUCAACGCACUCAAAGUAAUACUGCAACCUUCGGUAUGUACGUCUCCGGGCGUACCCCCGAAUUCGCAUCUUUGAUGGGACCUACUGUCAACAUCAUCCCUCUCUGUGUUCAGAAGAAUGAGGAUCUGGUGAAGAGUGCAGAGGAGGUCCAGAUGGAGUUGGCGCGUGGAUCAGAGAAACAGCAAGUUAGUCUUGCGCAGAUUGCGAAGUGGAUUGGCAGGGAGGGCGAGGCAUUGGUUAAUGCUUACGUCAACUACCUUCGUUUCGACGACGAUAUCUCUACUUCUUCUGAUGAGAAUUUGUUCAGUGAGGUGGAGAUCGGCAAUAGAAUGUCUUCCGUUAUGCGCGACAUCGAGACGAACGCCAAGGCGAAGGGCGAGGUCCGUACGUUGAUUGAUAGCAACCCUGUCAAGUCUACGGUCAAGGUCGACUUGGACGUGGAGAUUGCGGUUCGUGGAGAUGGUGUCGAUGUCGGUAUCUUUUGUGGUGGGGAGGUUAUGAAUGAGGAGGAAGUCAAUAUCAUGCUCGGUGAGCUUUGUGGUGAGGUUGAGAAGGCUUUGAAGAAGUAGAACAUAGAAGUGAAGAAGCGGUACAUGGGGACGUACGUCCGUCAAAAAAGUUUAGUUUAGUUUAGAUAUCAUUUUGAAAUUUAGUA